AUGCAGGCCGCGUCCAAGCUCCCGUCGCUCGCCCCCGCGCUGCGCCACGCGCGCGGCAUCUCGCAGCGCGUGCGCACGCUGCCCCCGAACGUGUUCGCCGAGUUCUCCGCCUUAGCCGCGCAGCACGGCGCCGUGAACCUGGGCCAGGGCUUCCCGUCCUUCGAGACGCCGCAGUUUGUCAAGCAGGCGGCCAUCGACGCCAUCACGGACGGCAACAACCAGUACACGCGCCCCGGCGGCCACGUGAGCUACGUGGGGACGCUGGCCGAGAUGUACGCGCCGCUGCUGGGCCGCGAGCUGGACCCGCUGCGCGAGGUCGUGACCUUCAACGGCGCGCAGGAGGGCAUCGCGUCCAUCAUGGCGGCGCUGCUCGAGCCCGGGGACGAGGUGCUCACGCUCGAGCCCUACUUCGACGCCUACGUGACCGUCUCGCAGCUGCACGGCGUGCGCGCGCGGGGCGUGCCCUUCCGCUUCGCGCCGGCCAAGCGCGCGGCCUUCCUGAGCCAGGACGCGCACGUGGACGCGACCUUCUCGUCGCGCGACUUCGAGCUGGACCUGGACGCGCUCGAGCGGAUGAUCACGCCGCAGACCAAGAUGCUGGUGCUCAACACGCCGCACAACCCCACGGGCAAGGUGCUGUCCAGGGAGGAGCUCGCGCAGCUCGCGCGCGUGCUCGAGCGCCACCCGAACGUGGUCGUGCUGGCCGACGAGGUGUACGAGUUCAUGACGUACGACGGCCUCGAGCACGAGCGCAUCGCCGCGCUGCCCGGUUUCUUCGACCGGACCAUCUCGCUCUUCAGCGCCGGCAAGACCUUCUCCUGCACGGGCUGGCGCACGGGCUACGCCGUGGGGCCGGCGCACCUGGUGGGGGGAAUCAUCAAGGCCCACAGCACUGUGCCCUUCUGCGGCACCACGCCGCUGGAGGUGGCGCUGGCCUCGGCGUUCCGAGAGGCCAAGCACAACGGCUACUACGACGAGCUGAGGGAGACGCUGCAGGCCAAGCGCAACCGCCUGUGCGACGCGCUGCAGGCGUACAACUGGCGCCCGAUCGUGCCGGAGGGAGGCUACUUUGUCUGCUGCAACGUCGAGGGGCUGCCGUUCUACGACGAGUUCCGCGGCAUCGAGAUCACGCCGGACACGCCCAAGACGGAGUUCCCGGACUACCAGUUCGCGUACAAGCUGGCGAAGGCCGGCCACCUCGCGGUGAUCCCGACGUCGCCCUUCUUCAGCCGCCCGGAGAACCGCCUGGCCCCGGGCGUUGUGCGUCUCGCCUUCUGCAAGGACGACAAGACGCUGGACGACUCCAUCCGCGUGAUCGAGUCCCUCAAGAACUAG